UUUGUCAUUGUCCUUUGCGUGAGCCAAGCCCAAAUAUCUCUCCAAGCCCAAGAACACCUCAUGCCCUUACACAUCUUUUGCUUUUGCACAUUUUGUACUGUUUCUUCUAAAUACAAGUUUUAUUGAAUUGAGUUCCUUUUUAUGUUUUAAAUUUUAAGGCCCAGUCACACUAAAGAGAAAGACUCCAGACCUAGCAGCUUUGGAGAAAAGGGGGAUAUGUCUUUUAAUCACCGAGCUUGGCCUUUGGGAAUUUUGUUGGGGACUCAAGGGGACAGAGGAAAUCAACUGUUGCUGGAAAAAAGUCUUGAAGCAAAAUAUAUGCCUAAAAUCAGUCCAUGAUCUGUCACCUCUCCUAAUCAGCUCUGCUCCCAAUCGUCAAGAUAAGUAGAGUUCUCUUUAUUUGCCAAAGCCCACAUCCCACUAUCUGCAGGGCAGAGUUAUCCAUCAGUCAAUCUAUCAGUCUCUCCAUCCAUCCAUCCAUCCAUCCACCCACCCACCCAUUUGCUGGGCAACUGUGUGCCUAUCACAGAGACCAGACCUGCAAACUGUCAUCUGGGUGGUGAGGACCAUAGGAGAGAUCAGCAACGUCUUGUUUUUCGUUUUACCGCCCAUCUGCAUGUGCUUGUUUCGUCAAUAUGCAACAUGCUUCAACAGUGGCAUCUACUUAAUAUGGACUCUGUUAGUUGUAGUGGGAAUUGGAUCCGUCUACUUCCAUGCAACCCUUAGUUUCCUGGGUCAGAUGCUUGAUGAACUUGCAAUCCUUUGGGUUCUGAUGUGUGCUCUGGCCAUGUGGUUCCCCAGAAGGUAUCUACCAAAGAUCUUUCGGAAUGACAGGGGCAGGUUCAAGGCGGUGGUCUGCGUCCUGUCUGCAGUUACAACGUGCCUGGCGUUUGUCAAGCCUGCCAUCAACAACAUCUCUCUGAUGACCCUGGGGGUUCCUUGCACGGCGUUGCUCAUUGCCGAGCUAAGGAGGUGUGACAACGUGCGUGUUUUUAAGCUGGGCCUCUUCUCGGGCCUCUGGUGGACCCUCGCCCUCUUCUGCUGGAUCAGUGACCGGGCCUUCUGUGAGCUGCUGUCGUCCUUCCACUUUCCCUACCUGCACUGCGUGUGCCAAAAGUUCCGGUCUCCAAGUCUGCACAUCCUCAUCUGCCUGGCCGCCUACCUGGGCUGCGUGUGCUUCGCCUACUUUGAUGCUGCCUCCGAGAUACCCGAGCAAGGCCCCGUCAUCAAGUUUUGGCCCAGCGAGAGAUGGGCCUUCAUCGGUGUCCCCUACGUGUCCCUUCUGUGCGCCAACAAGAAAUCACCAGUCAAGAUCACGUGAUGGCAAGGCAGUGGCUGGCCUCUCUGCUUAUUUUCCCUCACGCACCUAAACUUCAUCUGCCAGCAGAGACAGCCAGGGGGGUUCGCAGAGUCGGGGGUGGGAUCUGUCUUUUAAAAAUUCAGUGCCCUUGGGUUCUAACUAGUGUGUCUGUGGACCGCCAGGACUCCACGGUACCUGGGGAGCAGCGGGUGUCUUCCCCUUUCCCAAAGAUGGGAAGUAGAGGGCCGAGGGGCACUAGGUGUGUCUUCUCAGUGUCACCUCCAGCUACAGUGCUCAUUGGGCUGCGUCCUUUAUGGUGAUGGCAGAGCCGUCCCGCGGGGGGCCCAGCGCUGCACACGCCUCGCUUCCUGGAGGGAGUUUGCUCCAGAUCCCACCGUUCCCAUGUGCUCUCGGAGUGGACCCUCCCUUGACAGACAAACCCUGCGCCAGAGAAGACCCUCUGACUGUAUGAUAGAAGAGGCCAGAGAUUUUCAUGUGGGGAAACUGUCCUGAAACGAAAGCAAACAAAUGGAACACACACACGGCUUGUGGCUAAGGAGGCUGGUUUCCCCCCUUGCAUCUCUCCAUAACCCAGGGUUUACAUACAUGUGUGCAUCCUUUUCCUGCUACCUCUUCUGAGAGAUGGGGACUUGACUUUAGAUCAGGGUAAAGCUAACAAGAAAAACCCUCUAUGCCAAAAACGACACUCCACUUUAAGCCAUUCUUGAAGAUAAGCACAAUUUUUAAAUGCUGACACGGUCCCCUCCCCCCAGCCCAGCACCCUCAAACACACAAAGAGAAGACUAGCUACCGUGUGAGUGGUUUGAGCGUUCCAUACAGAAACCCACCCCUUUACUGCUUGACCUCUGUGACAUUGCCAACGGCCUGUGACAAUUGUGGUAGGGGUCCUGGUUCAAACUUUGGAGCAAACAUGAAGUUUUAGAAGUUGUUCUCAUUGGAAGCCUCCUGUAUGCUGUCCGAUUCCGGAAAUUAUCCUCAAGAAUCUUGCCGCUUCUUUCUUUGAUAUUUACUGUGGGAAUUACACUCCAUAUCCUCACAGUAUGAGGUGCUUCCUUUGGUUUCUCUGCGCUGGCGUUUGACCACGUGCUUUUCUUAAGUGCUGGCCUUAACUACACACUGGCUGCUUUGGGUGCAGCAGGGCAAAUCUCUCUUGCCUUCUGAGUUCUCACCUAAAGUGACACUGGCUGCAACUCCUGUCCUCUUCACUGGGCUGAAUGGGAGACUCCGCAUAUGUCUUCAAGGUGCGAGGUGGGAAUUCGUGACCUCAGGGAUACUCAUUUUAACUCAGGCAUCUCUUGCUUUGCAACAUUCCAUCACGGGAGAGGGCAAAACAGAUGUGUCCUUCUUGUGUGUAUGGGAAUCAUGUCACUGUCCUAAGUAUUUAAGAGUUAGGCAGUAGCAGUUUUUGGCUUGUCUGGGAACUCUUACUCUGGUUAAAAUUUGCACAGAAUUGCAGGUGAAAAGUCCAAGAAGCAACUGAAUUUAGACUUGAGAAAUGAGUGACUUUAUUCUACUUCUGUGGUUUUCAGAUUAUUUUAGCAGCAGAACCUUGUUUGCAGUAAGAAAUCUUUAUAGAGACCUACUGUGUGAAAUAAUUUGUAUUUUAUUAGCUUAAAUUUAUUUCGAGGUUAAACUUAUAGCACUUCGUGAAUAAUAUAAAAGGCAGUGAAAAUGGAAAUUAACAAAUUGGUGGUUUCCAAGGUAGAAAAAUUUGGUAUUGAAUGAGUGUACACGUUGCUUUAUUAUAGUUUAAAAAACGGUAUUUGAACUAAAUACUCGUGGAAUCUUUAAUGUACCGAUAUGAGACCUAGGUGGUUUGUGGAACAGAAUUGGAAAAACUGCUCUUAAGUCCUUUGGGUUUCAAGUCUAGAAUUUUCUUUAAAGGGAAAUGUCAGACCAUCCAGAUUGACCCACCAGGCACAGAUUCUCGUCUCAUCCAUCCUGCAAUAUAAGAAUGCUCCAGGUAGGGAGUUGGUUACAUUUUAAACCCAGCUCUUUUAGUGGGAAAAAGUAAAUAAGGAGAAGCAGAGAGUGUAGGAAAUGUUUUGUGUGUGUGUGAGGUUUAAUUUCUGUCUUGAAAGCUCCUCAGUGAUGGGAGCGUUGUCCCAACCGUUAAGGAGGGACCGUUUCUCCCUAUGAAAUGAAGGGUGUGUUCCGUGGGAGACACCACCUCCAGCCCCCAAGGCUUUGACAUUGCCUUUCCAGAAGGUUCUGAGUGACCUUUGGAAAUAGAGAUACAAUGUGACUGCUGGAAGUAAGGAAGUAAGUACACUAACUCACAGGACUAUUUCUCUGCUUCUCCUACAAGACAAAUGACUAAGUUAAGUUUUGGAGAGAAUGCUUUUGUUAUGAAAAACAGAAUGCCCUUCUAGAGAUUGGUCUUAAUGAGAUGAGGGCUGAGGAAAAAGUGUGGAAUGGUGUAUAUUUGAGGAAGACAAGACUUCGCUUUUGAACAGAAAUCACUAUGCUUGCCAGCGUGGGAUGGUAAAUCAAGAGAGUAGGAAUAGGGCUUCCCUGGUGGCACAGUGGUUAAGAAUCCGCCUGCCAAUGCAGGGGACACGGGUUCGAGCCCUGGUCCAGGAAGAUCCCACAUGCUGUGGAGCAACUAAGCCCGUGCGCCACAACUACGGAGCCUGUGUGCCACAACUACUGAAGCCCGCACGCCUAGAGCCCGUGCUCCGCAACAAGAGAAGCCACCGCAAUGAGAAGCCCGUGCACCACAACGAAGAGUAGCCCCGUCUCGCUGCAACUAGAGAAAGCCCGCGUGCAGCAACGAAGACCCAACGCAGCCAAAAAUGAAUAAAUAAAUAAAAUAAAUAAAAUUUUAAAAAGAGUAGGAAUAUACCAAUCUUACUUUAAGUUAGGUUUAUGGCAUCAUGCAUAUUUAUAUUUACAUUUGUAUUCAUACUCAUAGCACUACAUGCAUUUUAAAGAAAAUGGGGAUAUUAAGAAAAGUUGAUGGAGAAGAAAAAAAGUAAUGUGUAUUUCUAUAGCUCAAGGACAACCAUUGUUAAUAUAUUUUGAUAUAUUUCCUUCUUGUCUUAUUUUUCCUAAUAUAGUUGUCAAUUGAUGUCUUUUAGAGCUGACAGUUGAUCUUGUACCUUGAAUGGAAUAUAAAUGCCAGUUGUAUAUUUUUCCUGAAGAGCAGGUUUUGGGAUAUACGAGAGUUAGCUAUGCUCUUGAGUGUUCAUCACUGGAUUUACUAAGACUUACUAAGACUUACUACUGAGCCUUCCCUUUUAAUCGAGCCUCACAUGAAUGAGCCCUAAGAAAUAAUGAACUGAAUUCUGCUUUUUGAUAUGCUUCUGCACUUAGAUGGACAAGUCAUAGAAAACAGCUGUUAAAUAUAUGGUUCUACAGGUUUUGAUGUUUUCAGAUUUUAAAAAAGUGCAUAGCUUAUUUCAUUAAUUGAUGUGCAAUCAAGAAUCUUUUUUUUUCCCCCCUGAUAAUUCAGGGAAGUGGAGAUUUGACACUUAGGAGUUAGGUCACGGCAGUUACUCAGCAUGGCUAUUAGAUAUUUGUUCUGGUUAGAAUUUGCCUAAGAGAGAUACCCAGCAGGAACUGGAUUUAGAAUAUUAAAAAACAUUAAUUUACCAAGUGGUCAUUUAAGUUAGUGAUUCUUGUUUUAUAGUGUUUGACUGAUGAUUUUUAGAAAAUAUUUUCUCCCCUUUAUUAUUAUAAUGUAAAAACAAGCACUUCAGUGAAUAUAUUGCAGGUGUUUGGAGAUGAGAUAUCUACAUCUACUUGGUAAUAGGCUACCUCUUGGGGGAACUCUGUGCCUGUCCUUCUGAAGAGUGCCUAUAAAACAUGAAUUGUGGAUCCAAGUUGUUCUGUUGGGGGGCUAACCCUCAUGGUCAUCAAGCACAGGCUUUGUAAAAAUACCAUCACGUUUUCUAUUUAUUGGAUUUCUCAGGUGUGUAAAAACUUCUUACUAGUUCAUUAUGCUUACAUGAGCUGGUGCCGUACCGAAGGCUCCAAAACUGGGAUGUGAUCCUUCCCUGGCUCUUUAUCCCUCGGGGCUGACGUGGAACCAUCUCUGGGGGACAGGUGAGGGCUAAAGCUUGCCUGGCCAGAGCCCCUCUCAUAGCUCCUUUUUUCCCAAAUGAACUUGGACCCUUUAAUAGCCAGCUCUUUGCCUGGGUGCUGCUGGUCCAGCUGGUCAAAGAGGAGUCUCGGGCCAGGUUGGGAUUCUCAAUGGGUUUUACAGACAUCGUUCUCUUACAGAUGUUUUUUUUUUUUUAAUGACCCCUACUCUAAGGGACUAAUUGUUUGAAUUGUAUCUUUCCCUAUAUGUUAAACCAGAUUUAAGACGAUUUUGUAACCACAAUAUGUAAUCAGAGCAAAUAGGGUAUUUCAGAUAUAUACCUUGUUCUGUACUUCAUAUAGGGUGUGCAGUAUAUGGGUGGUAGGCCCACUGUCUGUGGUAGCAUUUAAUCUCCAUUACUUUGGGAGUAAUUCAAGGCCUUUUGAAAUGGAGCUUUUGCACUUUAUGCUCUUUUUGUGAACUGACUGUGAUAGCUAUGUUUGAUAUUAAAGCUAUAAGUGGUAUUUUCUGUGAAUACGUAUAAGUUUGUGUUUAUUUCCAAAAUGAUUUCUGCAACGGCUGCAGUGAGAAAUACAUUUAAUGGAUUGUAAAGUGCAUUUGUUCAAAUUCAUUUAGUAAUGAAUUUGGGUAUCAUUGUUAUUAAACAUACUUAAAAUUAGUGUAGUUAAUUGUUGGUUUCUUCUCAGAGCUGUGAAAUUAAUACACCUACAUAUUUCCAGUAUAGAAGUACCUACAGGCAGUUUAUUUUUAUUGAAAGUUCUAUGAUUAUGUCAUGUGGAUAUAAAAUCUCAAAUAUAGAAAACAACUCAACUAAGCUGUAGUUUGUCCAGUCACUGGAAGGAAGAUCAUAGAACAAUAUAAUAUAGUAAAUGAGUUUAGCAGGAAAAUUCUGUAUCUACCUGUUUUUCUUAAUUUCCUGUGACCAUUUAAAAAAGUAUAUAUUUAUUUAGGCUGUGCCGGGUCUUAGUUGCGGCAUGCGGGAUCUUCAUUGCGUCAUGCAGACUUCUAAGUUGUGGCAUGCGUGAGGGAUCUAGUUCCCUGAGCAGGGAUUGAACCCGGGACCCCUGCAUUGGGAGCAUGGAGUCUUAACCACUGGACCACCAGGGAAGCCCCUCCUGUGACUGUUUUUUUAAAAUUAAGGAUUCAUAGGCAAUCAUAUUUAUAAGAAUAACAGGACUAUCAGAGGAGAAAGACUGGGUCAGCAGUAUUAGUAUCAUUGAAGUGGUUUUUUUAGACUUCUUUUCUGGCCAGGGUGAGGGGAUGAGGGGUGGACACAGAGCUCUUGGAAAAUGCCUAUACAUAGAAUUAUCUGGGUAUUCAGAUGUCCCUAGAAGCCACCCAGAUGAAGAACUGUGUGAUAGGACACAAAGCCAGGACUCACAUCCUUUCUGGUGAUGAAAUUGGCGUCUCCACAGCUCCACUUUCCCGACUGCCCUCCGAGACCAACCCCAGGGCCCUUUUCGUGUGAGGACUUUCCAUUAUGAGGGGCCGGAAGGGGGCAGACCCCGGGGGCUGGAAACUUACACCUUAGGAGUUGAACAAAUUUGGAAUUCACCUCUUUCUCAAGCCUCUUUCCUGGUUUAUAGUUUCAGCCACUCCUUAAGAUGCUAUCUGGGUCUGUCAUACUAUUCUGUCUCCUUUUGCACUGUUGAAUUUUUCCAUAAAUUAAAAAAAAUGUUUUAAAUAUGGUAUUUGGGUUUUCCUCCUCUGCUCUCUCGGGUGGGGUUCAGCCUCGUCCUCUUGCCCCACCUUAUAGGGGCUGGUAGCUCCUUUCCCCAGUUUGAAGAGUUACCUAUAUCUCACGUUGGCACUUCUGUCUCUGAUCACCUCCAGGCCUGGUGACCCUCUGAGUAUUAACUCACGAAGGGGAAAGAUCAACCUCACCUGGGUUUUUGUUGGCUUGUUUUAUGUUUCUCGUUAAAACAUUUGAUUCAGCUGCUUUUACCAGCAGAGAGACCAGACGUUAUUGUAACAAAUGGCAAUAAAGUCAGUAGAGUUUAUUUUUGUAUUAAGGCCGGUGGUGGGAAAGUGGCUGUGAGGCUAAGGGCAUGGGGUGACAGAAAAUGCAUAAUGGCAUUAUUGGUGACACUGGCUAGAGAUGGAUGCCUGUGAACAAAGAAAACCUUAGCCAUCAGGGUAGGAGGGACCUGGAGAGACUCCUGGAAUUAUACUGCCAUCUAGUGGCCUUUCAGGGUAUUGCUACCAGGGCACAAGUGAAGUCCUUCCCAAUUGCUGAUCAUCCCAGGACUCACUAUAAUUGUCUUAAAA